AUGGGGCAUGCUGGAGGUGAAGCUGCGGAUUGUUGCUCUACCCACCUCAUAGAUGGAGAUGGGACUUUUAACAUAGCAGGACUUGAUAAAUUCAUGAAAGAAGUAAAACUCGGCGAAUGUGGUCUUUCUUAUGCAGUUGUAUCUAUUAUGGGUCCCCAGAGUAGCGGGAAGAGUACGCUUUUAAAUCAUCUAUUUCAUACUAACUUCAGGGAAAUGGAUGCAUUUAAGGGAAGGUCACAGACCACCAAAGGAAUCUGGAUGGCUCGAUGUGCAGGCAUUGAACCUUGCACUAUUGUAAUGGAUCUCGAAGGUACAGAUGGAAGAGAACGUGGAGAGGAUGAUACUGCAUUUGAAAAGCAGAGUGCGCUUUUUGCACUUGCUGUUUCAGACAUAGUACUUAUAAACAUGUGGUGCCAUGAUAUUGGUCGUGAGCAUGCUGCGAAUAAGCCUCUACUGAAAACUGUAUUCCAAGUCAUGAUGAGAUUAUUCAGUCCUCGUAAAACAACCUUGAUUUUUGUUAUACGUGAUAAAACACGAACACCUUUGGAAAAUUUAGAGCCUGUCCUGAGAGAAGAUAUCCAGAAGAUAUGGGAUUCGGUUCCCAAACCAGAAGCCCAUAAAGAAACACCGUUGAGUACAUUUUUCAAUAUUGAAGUUGUAGCUCUUUCUAGUUUUGAAGAGAAGGAAGAACAAUUUAAAGAGCAGGUUGCCAACUUGAGGCAACGGUUCUACCAUUCGAUUGCUCCUGGAGGGCUUGCUGGUGAUAGGCAGGGAGUUGUUCCUGCUUCAGGUUUUUCCUUUAGUGCCGAACAGAUAUGGAAAGUCAUCAAGGAAAAUCGAGACCUUGACUUGCCUGCUCACAAGGUGAUGGUGGCCACAGUGCGUUGUGAAGAAAUUGCUAAUGAGAAAUGUGCUGCCUUUGUUACAAACAAGGAUUGGUGCGAACUAGAGGAUGCUGCAACAUCUCAUUUGGUGCCUGACUUUGGGAAAAAGCUUAGUUCAAUGCUUGAAGUUUAUUUUUCAGGCUAUGAUGACGAGACUACAUUUUUUGAGGAAGGAGUUAGGACUGCAAAGCGAAAACAAAUGGAAGAGAAAUUGUUGCAACUUGUUCACCAUGCAUACCAAUUAACCUUGGAACACAUAAAGUCAGACACACUGGAUAAAUUCAGUAAAGCAUUUGAAAGUGCUUUGAGCGAAGGACAAGGGUUUGCAGUAGCUUCUCGUAAUUGCAAAACGUCAAUUAUGAAACUAUUUGAUGGGCAAUGUGAAGGUGCCAUCAUCAAACAAUCUGGUUGGGACACAUCAAAAGAGAAGGAAAAACUUUCGAAAGAUCUUGAUGCACAUAUUGCAAAUGUUCGUAAUACAAAGCUAUCAGAUCUUUCUACAUUAUAUGAGUCAAAACUAAGUGAGGCAUUAAAUGGACCAGUGGAAACUCUUCUACAAGCAACUAAUGAUGAUACUUGGCCUGCAAUAAGAAAACUUUAUCAACGUGAGACUCAAACUGCUGUCUCUGCGUGUUCUGCUGCACUUUCUGGCUUUGAAAUGAAAGAAGAAUCCAAAAAUGAGAUCCUUUUACAAUUGGAGACUUAUGCAAGAAAUGUAGUCGAAAAGAAGGCUAAAGAAGAAGCUGGCAGAGUUUUAUAUCUCAUGAAAGAGAGGUUUACAAACAUAUUUAAUCAUGAUAAUGAUCAAAUGCCCCGGGUUUGGAGCGGAAAGGAAGAUAUUCGAGCAAUUACUAGAACAGCCCGCUCUUCUUCCUUAAAGUUGCUAUCAGUGUUGGCUGCAAUUCGUUUGGAUGGAGAUCCAGAUAAAAUUGCAGAUACACUACUCCUUACUCUAUUAGAUCCACAGAAAGUUGCUGUCAAGAGCUCUAGCUCAAACGAUCCAUUAGCGUCCAGCACGUGGGAAAAGGUCCCAACGUCAAGGACGUUGAUUACUCCUGUUCAAUGCAAAUCUUUGUGGAGCCAAUUUCAGAGGGAGACGGAAUAUACCGUCACCCAAGCUAUUUCUGCUCAGGAAGCUAACAAACGAAGCAGCAACUGGUUACCACCUCCAUGGGCUAUUCUUGCCUUGUUUGUUCUGGGUUUCAAUGAAUUCAUGACUCUUUUGAGGAAUCCAUUGUAUCUGAUUUUAAUUUUUGUCGGUUAUCUGAUUAUGAGAGCCUUGUGGGUUCAACUCGGCAUAGCUUCUCAAUUCCAAAAUGGCUUUCUUCCAGGAAUUCUCUCAUUGUCAACCAAGCUUAUUCCCGCCAUGCUCAACAUUAUGAGAAAACUCUCUGAGCUAGGAGGAAGGUCCAACAAUCCCCAAAUAAAUCAUGCACACAACUCCUAGUAUCAAAAUGCAACAGGCAAUAUAUAUGCCUUCAAAAACAUUUCAAUAUGGUAACGUUACUACCAAAAUCUAAUCCAACGGCCCUCAUGGACACAUAGGUGCAAGGAUAGUGAAUCGGAUUCAGCAGAUAAUGAACUUCUUCGUGCAUUCCAAACAGGUCGACUUGGCUAAUACCACUCAUACUGGAUUUUGAAGCAUCCAACAUCCUAACAUACUUACAAAAGCCAUAAUGUAAGACAAAAAUUUCUUUUUGGUUUAUAUCAUACAUUUUUCUCUAUAUACAUCUUUGUUCUUUUGCUUUUAUCACUUUGGCUUUAUGUACAAAUCCAUGUUUUGUAAGGUCA